GUUCUGACAAUGGUCUCAGGUUGUUAUUAAAUAUUGAGCGGUAUGAGCGAGUGGAAAGUUGUACGCCGUAUUUUCGAACUACGAGCCUUCCAGGAUUAAAAAUUUUAAUUUAUAAUCAAACAGACAUACCAGAUUCAUCGCUUGAUGGUAGGCAUAAAUAUUCGGGUGCGGGAUGUGUGGAGAAAAAUGAGAAACACGGGACAACAAUGCUAGCAGUUGAUGAUCCUGAAAAUAUUCACACCUGUACUAUUCGAAAAUAUUUGCAUGAAAUUGAAGAGAAAUGUAAAUGUUCGAUGAGACGAGCAUAUAAUCCAAAUCCCGGAGCGUACAGUUUUUGCAACGUGGAUCAAUACUUCACGUGCGCCCUACCCACUCUACAAUUCGGUAAAAAAAAAAGUUUCAAUCGAUUUGGUUGUCUUUCACCGUGUGAUCAAAUUGAUUAUACAGCUUGGCAAGAUAUGACUUUAUUACCAAAUAGUAUAUUUCCAUCGUUGAUCGAUACUGCCGAAGAAGAUGAUGUGGAGGAUGUUAUUGAUGAUUACGAUGUCGAAAAUGAUGGGAAUAAUAUAGAACUUCAUCGUGAUGAGCAUUUCCAAUGUGAACAGAAUCAACUUCUGAGCAAUCAACAGGUUAGGCAAAUCAAGCGUGCAGCGCAGCGUGCCUAUGAAAAGCAGUCUCGAUAUCAAGAAGAUAUAAGAUUGAGAACGAAACGAAUGAUAUGGAAGUUACGAGAAGCAACACAAAAAUUAAUUGAUAACGGUUGGGGAUGGACAGAUGAAACGUAUCAAAAUGCUUUCGAACGAUUAAACGAAUCGAUCAAAUGUUUCAGUGCUCUCUCAAUCAAUCAUGCUAAAAUGUUUGCUGCCAUUGAAAAUCCACCAUCAUCGACUGAGGAAGCUCGAAUUUCUGUCAUAUAUCGACUUCUCGAACCAAAAGAAGAUAUGAAUAGUGCAAAGUUUCAUACAGUCGUACAACUUCGUGAAGCUUUUGGUGAUCAUUUUGAUGAAGUUGUAAAGGAAAUACAAAAAUUCGUUAAUACUAUCACCAAAUUGCACAAAAUAUACACUCCAUCAUUUUAUAAAUCAACAUUGGGUAUCAAUCUUAAACGAAUGGAUACCACUUUAUUUUUGGCAAAACAGUAUGAAUCAGGAAGGUUACAACGACGUGCAUGGGCGGAAAAAAUGCAAUCUCGAAAUAUGCGUCAUUUCUUUGAUCAAGACUUUUUCGAAGAUUGGUACAAUCCAGUGCUAAAAGAUUUGGAUGAAAAUUUGGUUCGUAAUAUUGCUGAUAUGGCUGAUAAUGAAUUACCUAAUUUAUUGGCUGCUGUUGACAAUGAUAGAGGUUUACAGAUGGGUUCGAUGCUAUAUUUCGGUGAUACAACAGCGCAUCACAAAAAACAAUUUGGUGCAUUUAUCCGCGAUAUUGUCGAUUGUACUUUUGGUGAUGUAAAAAAUGAAAGUAUCAUCCUAUUGAAUUCAUUUAAGAAAAUGAUGAAUGAAUUUCAGUCAGCAUAUUCAAAUUUAUACCGAAAGGAAUUACCAACUUAUUUGGCCAAUUUUGAUUUUGGGUCAGCAUUUGUAGAACAAAAUUUUGCGAUGGUAAACGUUUUCCUGCAUCGGAUGAACAUUGAAACAUGGCGACAAGAGAGCACCUAUAGUAUUUGGAGUUUGGCAUGUGAUGUAGGCGGUGCACUUGGCCUAUUUCUCGGUGCAAGUCUCCUUACAGUUAUCGAACUUAUUUAUUCCUGCUGUCAAUAUGGUCUGUGCAAUCCGCUUUGUUGUUGGCCAAUAAACUGUUGGAAAAAUAUUAAAACGCAUCCCGCAGAUAAAUCAGAUAAAUGGAGGGAAAAGAAUAAAUCGGAAGAGAAAACAAAACUUAUCGGUGUCACGAUAAAACAAUCUGAAAGUCCCAUUUUAUCUUCGAUCUCUCCAAAAAGUAGUCCACCAAUCGUGAAAUUAAAUGGGCAAUUCAAUAAUCAAAACUUUUUAAUAACAGAAUCAAAUUGUGCUAUAAAUCUGCCUGAGAAUGAAUUAUCAAAGAAUUUAACGUUAAGUCGUUCACCAUCCAUCAAUUUCACUAAUAAUGACAAUACUUUUAAUGAUUUUCCAUUUGAAACAAACAGUUUUGAAAAGCAAAAUUCUAUGAGUUCUUCCAGAACGCUUCUGGGACAAUUCUCGUCUGAAUCCAUUUCAUCCGAUUUUUCGGAUAAAAUGGCAACAUUAUUUCAGCCAAAAGAUGAAAGACAAACAUUCGUUUGA